AUGCAGAUUAUUACGCUAUACAACGCGAUCAACCCGUUGUCCUCCAACGUUCGCAACCGCUCUAAUACAACUCAAGUGACCAGCAGCACUUGCCCUACUAGCAAGAUUGCAAAAGUGUUGUGGAUUGCUGCCGUUCUACUAUCCGUAAUAAGCUGCAUCGUUGGAGACACCUAUGCAACCGAGACAGCACUCCUUUUUCUGGAUUGUUUGAGUUCCUCUGUUCAUACCGAUCGUGGAAAUCCUCGAUCUCAACACUUUCGCCGCGCCAUACGACGAAAGAAGAAGCACUAUGCAACGGUGAAGGUCUACUCGUUACCGAAUGACGCAGUGCAGCGAAGCAGCGCUGUGCUGGAAUCGAUAUCGCGAAGGGAUUUGCCUAGCUUUUUGACGAUAUUAACUGAAAAUAUGAAUGAUUUGAUGCAAAAAAACUGUCAAUCACCACCUUUCUUCAAGAUUGCCAUGCAAGCUGACGUAAUAUGA